AUGGGCGACGCGUCUCCCUCCGCGGCUGAAACCCACCCCCCUGCAGACCUGUCGCCACAGAUGCCAAGCCAGCCGGGCCUGCGCCGCCCGGCGAGCCAGCAGCCCCUGCGGCCCAGCCACCACCUGCACGCGAGCUAUUCGUCGUACCCAUUCCAGCCGCUGAGCCCUCCGCCAGCUACAUCCGCUGCGUCGCCGCCACGCCCCCCGGCACGGUCGCCACCGCGGCCCAGCGCGUCGCCUGCCACGAACUCGGCCCAAGUGGCAUCGCCCGAGCCCGCUGCAGCGAGCCCCCCACGACUCGCGCCUGCCGAGGCCCCGCGUCCUGCGCCAACUGAGCUACCGCGCACUUCCGCAACGCUCCCCACGAUCCGCGUACCUCUCCCAGAUAUCGAGUCUCUCGAGGCCCAGAAAGACCGCGCAGAUCGGAGCGGCAGCGAGGUCGAUCAGCUGCGCUGGUCGGUGCAGCUGCUCAAGUGGGCCGAGCGGCAGCAGGCUAGUGGCGCUCCGCUGGAGGACCCUGUGCCGCGCUGGGUCGAGGAGGCGAUUGCGCAGAUUGUACAGAUUGCGUCGCACCCAACCCCGAGCGCCGAGGCGCUAUACGCGAGAGGCGAUCUGCUCGCCGGCGGCCACUUUCCCGCAUACGUGGCCAAGGAUCUGCGAUCUGCGUUCAGCGACUUUGAGCGCUCGGCGCGGAUGGGCUGGGCGCCCAGCUGGUUCCGUAUCGGGCGCGACUACGAGACGCUGGGCGAUAUUGCGCGUGCCAAGACGGCGUACGGGCGCGGCGUGCAGAUGGGCGAUGUCAGCUGCCUGUACCGCAUGGGCAUCGCCAAGGCACUGGGCCAGCUGGAGCUUCCGCAGGACCUCACGGAGGGUAUGUCGCUCCUGCAGAUGGCCGCGGACGCGGCGACGGUCGAUGCGCCGCAUCCUGCCUUCAUCUAUGGCCUGAUCCUGGCUGGCGAGCUGAGCCAUGUGCCGGUGCCGCUCGAGGCGUUCGCGGAUCCCACCAAUCCGGCGCCCACGCGCGAGUCGCUUGCGCCGCUUGCACGGCAGUACAUCGAGCGUGCGGCGUACCUGAACCUGGCAGCGGCCCAGUCCAAGUGCGGGUGGUGCUACGAGCAUGCGCAGCUGUCGUUCCCGUUCGACCCGCUGCUCAGUGUCCAGUACUACAGUGCCGCAAGCCAGGGCGGCGAGCCGGAGGCCGACAUGUCGCUGAGCAAGUGGUUCCUGUGUGGUGCCGAGGGGUGCUUUGACAAGAACGAGGAUCUCGCGUACACGUUUGCCGAGCGGGCCGCGCGGCACCACCUACCGACCGCCGAGUUUGCGAUGGGCUACUAUAAUGAGGUCGGUAUUGGCACGCCCGUGAACCUUGCGUCGGCACGCGAAUGGUACACGCAAGCGGCCGCGCAGGGCAACCAGGAUGCGAAAGAUCGGCUGGCGCGGCUGCAGGCAUCGCUGCAGAGCGCGGUCUCGCGUGCGCAGCACCAGCAGCAUCUCGACGAGCGUCUGUACUCUGCGCACCAACGUGCGCGCAAUGUGUCGGGCGAGUCGCAUGAGCGGGGCGACCUGGCGCGCAGCCGCACGAUGCUCAUGGCCCAGGCGACGACAUGGGCUACCAACCCAAGUCGGACAAGGACUGCGUAA